CGCUUUAGUAGUAAAGUACAUUGUGGCUUUUUUCGAUUCGCGGAAGUCUGUCUUUGCGUUGUGAAAGGUACCGGAAUUUCGUACGAAUCGGUAGACAAUUUUCGAGAAAUAAAAAGCACGUGCUUUGAAACGUUUUUGAGCUAUCGAAAUGAUUAUCUCGCGUGAACCUUAAUUACUUCGAAGGUAGGAUUUGAACCAAUGUUUCGUGUUGAAAAAAUCGCGAUCAAUUUUCUUGCAUUUUGAAGAAUUCGACUUAUUUAUUUUAUUAUUUGUAAAUUGCAUUUUUUAAAAAAAAUCAAGACGUGUAGCAUUUGUCUCCUGCGUUCGCCUGGGAAUGUUUUUAUUUAUUAUGAAGAACUUAUUUUGUGCUUGACAAACAAUUAUUGUGUUUUGAAAAACUUUUCCGGUUUCGUGUGGUGUCUUAUCGUCGCUCUUUGAGGUAUAGGAUUAAUUUUCUUGCUCGAGUCAAUAAUCGCGAACAAUUUUUUUGCAUUCUGAAGAAUUCGGCAUUCUGGAGUUUUGUUAUAAUAAUUUUGUAAAGUUGCAUUAGAAAAAUCAAGUGUGACAUUUAUUUCUUAAUUACACGUUGGUUCGUCUUUAAGUGUUUUUAUUUAUUAUAUAUAAAGUAUUUUAUGCUUGUCAAACAAUUAUUGUGUUUUGAAAAACUUUUCGUACGUUCGUGUGGUGUCUUAUCGUCGCUCCUUCAGGCAGGAUUUAUUUUUUUCUUACUCCAGUCAAAUUGAAUAUUUCGUGUUUCGUGUUGACGAAAUAAUCGCGAUCAAUUUUUUUACAUUCCGAAGAAUUCGACGUUCUAAUAUUUUUUAUUAUUUUGUAAAUUGCGUAAAAAAAUCAAGUGUAGCGUUUGCCUCUCACGUUCGCUUGUGAGUGUUUUUAUUUAUUAUAAAAUAUUUUGUGCUUGGCAAACAAUUACUGUGUUUUGAAAACUUUUCUACGUUCGUGUGGUGUCUUUAUCGUCGCUCCUUUUAUGCGAUCAAAUAAAUUAUUACGUUGAAAGAAGUCAAGACAGAGUGCAAUUUCCUGUUUACCUCGAAGGAUCAAAAUAGAUAUAACAACAGCUUGUGUCAAAUGCCACUUGAUGGGAAGAUGGGAAUCUCCAAGGCGCACAAGAUGAAAGUUUCGACAAUUUUUGUCAUUUAUUUUCUAUUUACCGAACAUCAAUAAUGGCGACAUGGAUGACGAACUGUACGUGAAGAAGCAGUGAUUGAAAACGUCGUGUCUGAUGCAAAAUACUAUGAACGCAACGAUUCGAAACGCAAGUUCUUAUACAUCAAUUCGUUCGCAUAACGUAUUUAUUCGCACAUUUUCAAACUGGAUACUUUGAAUAGAACGAUAUUCGAAUGGCAUGACUUCUUUGUUUUUAACAAUAUUUGUUGGUUUGGUAUCGGUCUCCGGAAUCGCCAUAAAUGCCUAUAUUAUUUUCGUCAUAACAUUAGCAAAACAGGCAAACACCGUAAAUGGAAUGUUGUUAAUGCAAGCAUCUGUAGUAGAAUUAGCCCUAUCAGUUUCCGUAUUGGCGUGUAGUGUGCCGAAUAUGAUACGUGACAAUCCUCUAUCAUCGUCGUCCAUUGGUUAUUGUACGUUUUGCGGAUUUUUAAUCGGAUUCUUAAGGCCGAUAGCCGUGUGGACAGUGUGCGGAUUGAAUUGCGACAGAUACUAUGCCAUAUCAGCUCCGUUGCAUUAUGGAUCGUUGAUUAGUCCUAGAAAAGUAUUGAUGGCAAUGAGCGCGACUUGGAUCUCAUCAUUAAUACUCGGAUUACCGGCCAUAAUUCCGACAAUUUACAGAUACAGAGACGCCACAUUCUUCUGUACAGCGGAUUUCGGCAGGACGACGUUUUCCGUUUAUUAUUCCAUUGUGUAUACGACUUUCGUUUUUGUCUUGCCGCUUAUACUCGUACUCACUUGUAAUUUAAAAGUAUUCACCAUAGCACGAUACCACAAGCAUAGAAUAGCAUCGGCCAUAUUCGAAGUCACGUUAUCGGCGCAGGUUACCAUAACGCACCAAAAGAACCCCUUCAGUCCAUCCGGUUUAGCGAAUCGGUUCAAAAGACGCAGCGCCUCUCUGACCGUUUUCCAAAUAGUCGGAUCGUUUCUCGUAAUUUAUGUACCUUAUUAUAGCGUAGUUUUACUAGACUCCACUAACACGCUGCUAUUUAGUCAUAAUCUAAACCGCAAUGUUAUCGACAUUCCGCCAUUUUUAAUCACCAUUGCUUCCGUAUUGCUGCUGUGUUCGUCAUCCAUAAACGGCAUCUUGUACGGCGUCAAGAGCAAAGUGUUGAAAAAAUCAUUCCAAAACUACUGGCGAAAGAAGAUGAAGAAGAACGAGCUGAAUCAAGAAAUCCAGGCUCGAACACCGUCCACUUGCGGAUCCCGUAGACCAUCAUUGACACCGGCGAUGGGUUUCUUCGGCAGGCAGGGGAUGAGGAGGCCUUCGGAAGUCAGCAUCGAUACCCAAAAGUCCAACUUGCUGGCUACCUCGUAUCCGAAAUUCCAAUGCGUGAAUAAUUUCGCUUGGAGGCCCGGUUCUAGUCCGGGACUCGAGUCGUCGGUACCGCAGAAUGAAUCUUUUAACGAUUUAAAACGAACUCAUUCGUUUCGAAAUUCACCCACUAAUCAUAUGAACAGCCUGAUUAGUCUGAAAAUACCCAACGAUAAGAGCAAAUUUGACGACUUGAAGAAUUAUCGUAAAUGCGUCACCGCCAUCAACAUCGCCGGUGAUAAACCAACGACGACGAAGACGACGAAGAACUCAACUUCUGCGACAACCACUAUAGUAGGAGGUAACGCUAACUUAAUUCUGCAACGAUUCCGUAAAGUAGACGGAGACUACGAAGCGUUGAGUCGUUCGUCGAGAUGCAAGUCGCCCAAAAUACUCAUCACUAGAGCCUUCUCGGAGGAGAACGAGAGCACAUCGGAUAAAUCAUCUCUUCCAAAAUCCUCCUCUUCGGUGACCACCUUGCUUAUCGAUACUAAUUGGAAAUCCGUCUCCAGGGAAUGUAUCGCUUUUAACGCUUCCAGCAAGAAUAACGCUUUAUUGAUGGAUUACACGGACGACUCGUGCAGCGAUGAGUCUCAAGACGAUGCAGCCGAAGCCAAACUUAGUCGCAGCGUCAGACCGGUAAGUUUCAAUAUCGAUACUUCCGAUUCAGACUCGAAUCUCGGACAUGGCCAUAAUAAUUCCAUCAAAUCUUGGCCGUUUACUAAUAAAAAGAAAAACAUACAGUUUCGUAUCGGAUCCGUCAUCUUGUCCGAACGAGAAUUUUCUUCGGUUGGUGACGUCACUUCUAAGAAGUAAUACCCUUUUAUUUUUUUUUAUAAUUUGUUUCGAAUCCUCCUUUUACAUAUACCUACCUAAUCGAUGUUCUGUGUAUAAAAUGUGUUUUUUUAUUUUUUAUUUUUUUUUUUCAAGAAUACGUAUAUAGAAUAGAAAGGGCGUCUUUAUUUAAUAUUACCCGGGUAUUUCAACGUACUAAAACUGUACCUGCGUUACGAUGAUUUUUCUCCACUAAAAAAGAAUCUUGACCUUGGUUGUGAUAAAAUUAAUUACCCUGUCAAUUAAUUAUUAGUUUUUAAAAUAGAUAUCUUGAACACAAUGCAUACCUAAUAACUAAUCGUAGUACCUACCAAAUUCACGCCACCUUAUCUCGUACCUACCUAAUAACCCUUCAAAAUGAUUCAUAUCGAACGAUCGUAUUGGCUAAUUAAUGAUCUCUAUAUAUGUAUAUGUUACCCCGCGACCCAUCUUCAUCUUCAUCACAUCGUAUAUACCACGAGCAAUAUUCUCGUAUGAUGGAAUGUUCCCCUCUCAUCAUCUCGUACUCUCUCAUCUAUUCUACUCUUUUUUCCUCUUUUUUCGAAUUAUUUUUCGCCACUUGUUUCCAACACGUCCUUUCUAUUCUUGUUGUGUGCGAAAUUCGCCGGAGAAGUUUGCACGUUUAUAAUAGAUCUCAUUAGUUGGAAAUAUGACACGUUAAUAUGAACGUAUCACGCUGUAGCAAUGAUUUAUUUUCUACUUAAACCUACGGUCGGGUAUUCAAACAGACGUUUUGUGUUGUUUAUUGUCCGCGAAAGCGUAGUUUUUUUUUUUUGUUGAAUAGUUACCUAACAUAUAAUAUUGUACUGUUCCUUUAACUUAUGAGUACCUACCUACGUUCGUAUUGUGGAAAAUGUUAUAGAAUCUCAAGUCUCAAGAGUCAGUUUGACGUGUGCAUAGUUUUGACGUCUUCCUGUACCGAAAGAUUCUAUUUAUGGUUCUGAUUAAUUCACUGUGUGAUUUAGAUAGGUACCUACUCAAAUUUAACUCAUUUUACGAUUUGGUUUGCCAAUAACUUUAAUGUCUAAUAUGGGAUCCUUUUUAUUUUACAAAAAAAAAAAAAAAAAAAAAAAAAUAGAGAAAUCCUCAAAUUAUAAACUGAACUAAAACGAUGAAGUUGAUAAAUUUUUUUGGAAAAAUCAGAAGUUGAAUUGAUGAGGUAAGAGGUAUUUUUGAUAAAUUUUAUUUUUAUGCAAAUAGGAGAAUUUGAUGUGUUUUUUUGAGGGGGAGGGGGAAAGGAUUUAACGAUUUGAUAACGACUUGAUAAUUUUUCUGAAGCAUUACCCCCUCCCCCCUUGAACGAAUUUCUAUUUUGCUCUGUUUUUAAAAUGAAUAAUAUUUUAAGUGACGAUUAGUAACACUUUUUUGAAUUUUAUUCACUCAUCAACUUUUAUUGCAACAUCAAUUUUUUUCCCCAUUCAUUCCUGACAACCCCUCCGAAAUAGAAAAGUUCAUCACCUUAAUCAACCUCACAAACCAAAUCUAACUCCCCCCCCCCCUUUACGGGUGUAAUAAUCUUGUAAUUAUAAACACCCCCCCCCCCCCCAAAAAAAAAAACAUAACAUAGCGAAUUUCAUAUAAAUUUCCUUACGAAGGGCGUAAUAAUCUAGCAAUUAAAAACACCCAAAAAAAUUAUUUUUCAAAAAAAAACUGUUUUGGAAAAUAUUAUUAGGUAUUUUAAUACUUUUUGCAUAAAAAAUAAACGUUUUUAUCAAUUGAAAAUUCCAUACUUUUUAUGACUAAAAAAACUAGUCAUUUGUUGUUCCAAAAUUUUAUGAGUUCAAAUUUCAAAAUAUUGAAGAUUUAUGAUUUACCUCCUAGGUAAAUUAUUUGAGAAAAUUAAAUUAUAUUUUUCAAAUUUGUUAGAUAUGAUUUUUUAUUUCCAAAAAAAAAAAAUGACCAUGAGAAAUAAUUUGAUCCAGUAAGAUUAACUCAAAAAAAAAAGAAGAAAAAACAUUUUUAAUGAUUAUAAAACAUUUGGAAAAUUAAAAAAAAAAAUCAAAUUAAAAAUCGACAAUUUUUGUAUUCUUUUUUGGAAAAUACAUUUAGGUAUAGGAAUGCAAGUCUCUUUUUCCCUUUCUCCUCUCCUCCUCCCUUCUUUUUCCGUCAAUAUCUUGAAAAAAUCCACUGUUUUAAAGUUAUGAAAAAUUAUUGACUCAACGUUUUUUCAAGUGACAACUCUGUCACUAUUUCAUUAUUUAAAAACAAAUACUUAUCGAUUUCUUUUUAAAAUUUCAAAAUGUUGUUCUUUGAAAAUGAGUUAGAAAUAAGUACCUAUUCGAUCUUUGUAAAUUGUUUUGAAAAAAUUUAACUCUAUACCCAGGUACUUUUAAAAAACUGUUCUGAUUUUAAUUUUCAAUCAAAAAACGCACUUAAAAGUAGGUAUAAUUUUGGUUUGAAAAGUGGCCAAAUACGGGUAACAGAAGUGAAAUGAAUUGUUUUAAUACCUACUUAUUUAUUUCAAAAAAGUCAUUUUAGGUAAACUCAAAAUCUUGAAAGUUGAAUUAACAUUAAAACUUGACAAGUUUUCUGUUUUUUCUUCUACAAAAACUCACUUUUCUGAAAAAGCUCAUUUUAAAAUUUUUUUCUACGAUAUUACGACUUUUUUUUUGCAAAUAGGUAAUGAUUUGUUUUUUGUUUUAAAACACUUUCAAUUUUUGUCAGUGAAUAAAUCAACAUUCAACUCUUAAUCCCCUCCUCUUCUUUUUCCUGCCACCUCCCAUAGAUACUCUUUUUUUUUUCACCUACACCUUAGAAAAUUCCUAGUUUCAAAAAUUGAAAAAUCAUUCUAAUUAUAGAUUCCAUAUUUUACACUUGAAUUUCUUGCGUUUAUUUUCAUACAAAAAAUUUAAAAAAACACACACACUCCUGUCUUUCAGAACAAAAUACCAAGUCAGAAAUUAAAUUUGAAAAAAAAUUUCUGAGAUUAUUAGACAAAGUUUUCUGCUUUGUUACAUCCAGUUUUGGGAAAAAUCUAAAAAUUGGCUCACUCGCUAGAGAAGAGUUGAGUCAAUUUUUACAUGAUUUUCAAAUUAAUUUUUUUUUAAAAAUUGGUUUGUUUAACGCACUUAUUUGAUGCUCUAGAAUAUUACUGCAUUAUCCAAGGUAAUUUACUCAGAACCAUCGAUAGAAGACUUCGUGUGCGAAAAUAAUAAAUUCAAGGAGACCACAUCCUGAUUUUAUACAUAUCAAUAUAACGUGUAAAAGCACUUCCGGCGAAUUUUUUCCUCGUUUUAAUAAUUUUGUUAUCACCUAUUCUAGUCAUAUGUACGAUCAAAAAUUUCAAUUCUUUAUUGUUCUGUGUUUAAUAAUGCAUUUAAUGUAGGUAGGUAAUAUAACCGCGAUGGCAGUGGAAUAUUUUGAGGAGAGGAGUGCAUGUGGAAACCACAUGCCUGUGUGCGUAUAUGUUUUUCGAAUUUUCUUACCUAUGGUUCCUUUUCAUAUUAAAUUUGAAUGUUAUUUAAAAUCUAGUCAAUAUUGUUUAUUACGUUGUUCGAUUUAUAUAGGUAAUAAGUUUUUCUGUGAAUGAGAAUGUGUUUUAUUUACUAUGUGCUGUAAUUGUAAUUGUGUUGCCAAUAUUAUUAUUUUAAUUCGUUUCACUGUACCUAAUUAUUACAAUUAUAUAGGUGUCGAUGUGAUUUCAAUUGGAAACAAAUUGAAAAUGUCAUAUUAAUUUAUUUAUUUUUUGAAUUAAUUGAAUUUUGUUAAUAUUGGGAAUCAAAUCAUUUGCAAAUGAACGAUUUUAUUUAUUGUUUUUUUUUUUGUGUCAACGUUGACCUUAUACCUACUUAUAAGAUAAAAAUGUAAUUAUUAUGUACUUAACUGAUGUAAAUCCAUGAUGUUUUAUUUGUGACAUUUUAAAAUGUGCUUUCGAAUGUAACAUGCGUAUCGAUUUCGUUUAAAAACGACGAACCAAAUAGUUAAGUGUCCUAAAUAAAACUAUUAUCGUGUUAUUGUUACCAGUGUGUGAGGUAUUCAUUUAUAUCAUUGGAAAUGAAUCAAAUUUUAAAAAAUCUUUAUGUGAAUAUUUUCGAGUGUAUGUGUUUUGCCUUAAUGUUGAAAAACUGUUAUAUGUCAUAUGUGUGUAAUUAUUUAAGAAACGUUUUAAUUUCAACAUUAAAAAUUAAUUUUGCUUUC